ACUCGAACUCUCUUGUUCUUGUUCUUGUUUCUGUUUCUGUUUCUGUUUUUUUUUUUUUAAAUGGCUGAAUCCAGGUUUCAACUAUGAAGAUUACUGAAAACCCGUAUUAUUCGGCGACAUCUCCUGCAAGUAAAACCCUAAGGCCGACUUCAGCUUCAGAUCUUAAGCCUACGCGUAAGAAGACCCGGAACCCGAGCCUGACCCGGGUGAGGAAGCCCGGAGCUCCGGGUCGGCGGAGCCGACCCGAGACCCCACUCUUGAAGUGGAAGGUUGAAGAUAAGGAGAGGAAUCGGAAGGUUGAGGUUGAGGAAGAGGAGGUUAAUGAGGAUGGCCGGAGAAGUCGCUGGAAACACCGAAAGGCGGCGGCAGUUGUGUCUGCGAGGAAGCUUGCUGCUGGACUUUGGCGGUUGCAGGGGUCGGAGAAUGGCAGCGGUGGCCGCGGACAGUGUUUGGAUCGGUUAGGGUUUCAGCCUGGUGCUGGACAUGCAGAUGUUCCAUUUCAUGUUCGUCGCAGUGGCAAAGCGUAUGGUUCUGAACCAAAGGAUCCUUUGCAGAGCCCUAGCUCAUCUGUCACUGGUAUCAAGAAUGGAUUCUUGUGUAAGCUCGAGCCUUCUUUUCAGUUCUCCAAUUCUGCAAUGGAGGGGGCAACGAAGUGGGACCCUGUCUGCUUGAAAACAUCAGAUGAGGCACAGCAGAUCUAUAGCAACAUCAAGCCUCUUGACCAACAGGUAAGUGCUGUAUCAGUGGUUGUUGCUCUUGAAGCUGAACUGGAGCAGGUUCGCACACGCAUGCAGGAGCUUGAGACUGAGCGCCGGUCUUCAAAAAAGAAACUUGAGCACUUCUUGAGGAAAGUCAGUGAAGAAAAAGCUGCAUGGCGGAGCAGGGAACAUGAGAAAAUCCGUGUAUUUAUUGAUGACCUCAAAGGUGAGUUGAAUCGAGAAAGGAAAAAUCGCCAAAGAAUAGAAAUUGUCAAUUCCAAAUUAGUUAAUGAGCUGGCAGAUGCAAAGUUAGCAGCAAAGAGGUAUAUGCAGGACUAUGAGAAGGAAAGAAAGGCUAGAGAAUUAAUUGAAGAAGUGUGUGAUGAGCUUGCUAAGGAAAUUGGAGAAGAUAAGGCUGAAGUUGAAGCAUUGAAAAGGGAUUCCAUGAAACUCCGAGAGGAAGCAGAAGAUGAAAGGAAAAUGUUACAGAUGGCAGAGGUCUGGCGUGAAGAACGGGUUCAAAUGAAGCUGGUUGAUGCAAAGGGAGCACUUGAAGAGAAGUAUUCUCAGAUGAACAAACUUGUAGCAGAUCUGGAGACUUUUUUGAGGUCAAAUAGUGCAACCCCAGAUGUUAAAGAGUGGAAAGAAGCCGAGAUGCUUCGACAGGCUGCGGCCUCCAUGAAUAUCCAGGACAUCAAGGAAUUUACAUAUGGGCCGCCCAAUCCAGAUGAUAUUUUCUCUGUUUAUGAAGAUGUUAAUUUUGGUGAACCCAAUGAGAGGGAGAUUGAACAAUGUGUUGCUUACAGUCCCAUCAGCCAUUCCUCAAAAAUUCAUACUGUAAGUCCUGAGGUCAAUGUGGUUAACAGGGAUAGCCUUCAUAGGCAUUCUAAUGCAUAUGUUGAGCAGAAUAUUGAAAUGGAAGAAGAUGAUAGUGGAUGGGAAACUGUGAGCCAUCUUGAUGAUCAAGGCUCAAGUUGUUCGCCUGAAGGGAGUGCAUUAUCUACCAAGAAUCGUCGAUGUACUAAUGUCUCGGGGAGUGGAAUGGAUGGGAUGAUAAUGGAUAUGAAGGAAUCCCCUAUUACUGAAAUCAGUGAAGUAUGCUCGGGCCCAACAAAGAAGAAAGUUUCAUCUAAAGCAAGGCUCUGGAGAUCUGGCCCGAAUAAUGGAGAAAACUAUAAGAUAAUCACGGUUGAGGGAAUGAAGGGUAGGCUUUCAAAUGGGAGAUUAUCUAAUGGGAGUAUUGCAUCACCAGACCGGGGGUCUGGUAAAGGUGGGCUGAGACCUCCGGAUUUGACAGGUCAGUGGAGUUCACCGGACUCAGGAAAUCCUCACAUAACUCGAGGCAAUAAAGGGUGUAUCGAAUGGCCUCGAGGUGCACAGAAGACUAGUUUGAAGGCGAAGCUUUUGGAGGCAAGGAUUGAAAGUCAGAAGCUUCAGCUGCAACAGGUUCUUAAACAGAAGAUUUAGGAGUAGCUAGUGAAUUCGGAUGCCUAAGCUUGCUGAAGGUCACUGGAAACAGCAGUAGUAAUAAGUGAUUUAUCUUUCAACCAUCUAAGGAAACUUAUCUUCCACGAGUUGAAGCUGCUCGAGAGGUUCCUGAAGCUAGAGUUCGUGAAUAAGUACACAAGAUAGAUCUCAUAAACUUGCUCAUGGCCGGGCUCCAACUUUUCUCCUGUACAUCGUGCAAUGCCAAGAGUUUUGUUUCAUAUUAUAUGUCAAAAUUAUUGGAAAUAACUUGUCUUGGUUCAAUGUUGGAUCCUCCCUUGUAAUAAGUUGCUAUAAUUUUAAUCAGUGGUAGUAUGGCAAAUUUCUUUUCCAGUGAUCCAGGGAGCAAGUAGUGCUAUUUGAAUUGUAUCUUUGAAAAUCUGAGUACACCAUCAAUUAAAGUAAAUGUGA